AUGUUAUCAAUACUACGGAAUACGAGGUUACAGAGUCAUUCACCGAGAUGCUGGAAAUUAGUAGUACCUUUAAUAACAUUUAAAAGAUGUAUAUCAGACCGAAAUUCGUCGCUAGAUCAGGAUAAAAUAGUAGAUUUGCUAUUGAAAUCAUCGAAGAUCGAACCUACUCAGAAAAGCAACACAAUUAUUAAUGAUUUUAAUAAGAAUUUUGUAAUUCAUGAUACCGUUGAACUUCCAGGAAUAGCCAAACCCAAAAUACCAUUUCCUUCAAUAAAGUAUGGAGACUAUGACACUGCUGAUAUGGAAAAUCUUGGCCAAUUGUACAUAAAAUAUAUCACUGUGAAAUACAUUAUCAAUACUAGACCACAUAUUAGAUUUACUGAGGCCUUUAAUUACGCUGAUAAUUUACUCGAGUGUGCCGCUAUGGCUUUUGACUCUCGAAAGUCAUCUUUUUUAGAAUACAUUGGACAAUUUUGCAUUGCGGACAUAUCUCAAUGUAACCAGUACAUAGAAGGCUUCUUCGUGGAGGAUGCAAAAUCAAGUCAGCUAGUCGAUUCUUUUGUAUCCUAUUUCCUUAAAAUAGCGCCAAGAUUUAAAAGUGAUCUGGUUGAUUAUACCUUGAUAUGGGACUCAGUUGUUCCAAAUUCUACUAUCGAAAUCCCAAAACUAGAAUAUGCUAAGGAUGUAUUUAAUCCGUUAUUUUUAGUAGACUCGUCGAAUGCUACAAAGUUCAUGUCCUGCUCUAUAUUUGAUGAGACGCUGAAUAGUGCACUUAUUGGUGAUAAAUUGCAAGAUUUACAAAACUACGGUAAGCUUAUGUUUGAAUUCUACACCGUGAAACACCUUUUUUAUAAGCUUGAUAUUUCCAAUCCCUUAUUUAUCAAUAUUAUUAAGAACUUAGAUUCUCUUUUUGAUAAUAUAAUAAGCUUCUCAGCGCUUACAGAUGUCAUAAAUUGUCCCCAAUAUUUUUCAAUUAAAAGAGAUAUUCGUACUAAAUCAAACUCCAAUGAAAUUUUUUAUCAAUAUUUGGGUGUUCUAGAUUUGAACAACAAUAUCAUAGAAAACCUGGUUGAAAAAUGGGUGGGUAGAUUGGUCGAUUAUUUAAUAGCAAAUUCAAAUGGAAAUGAAAUAGACCCUACCAUAAAAUUUAAAAAAAAUCCAGUACUGUUGCCUCAGUACAAAAAGCAGAAGAAUUUACCUGUUGUACCUUGUUUGACGAUGAGCGAAUCUAUGAGUGGUAAAGUUUUUCCACAUGGCUACGCAGACACAAUCAUGUUGGAUGAAUUAGGGAAACUUGGUCAAUCUUGCAUUUCUUUAGCAUUCAAGAAUUACUUGGUAACAAAUGGUUUAGGUGACACCGAAAAUGAGAACCUUAAACAUGAGAAAGAAUUUGUUGAUAUCGUUUCUAACCACAUAAACGAAUCCAUUAAAGUUAAGAAUAUUACCCCAAAUGAGUUCUCGAAUUCAGCUGCACCAUUUACAAGUAACCAAUUCUUAGGUUUAUAUCUUAUUGAGAAAUUUGAAGAUUGUAUGUCAUUUCUCAAUCAAUUCUUCGUAGGAGGUUAUAGUCCUUCGAAGUUUGAGUCAUCAACAAGUUAUUUAAAGUAUCUUGCAUACCAAACCAACAUGCCGAGCUUCAGAAUAAGACCCAACAUAGGUUUAAAAGAUUCAAGUCCUCUAAGACUUCCUCCACUAAAUGACACUUCCAGAACAACGAGGCUCCUAUUAUUGAAUAACUCAGUAAUAAAACCUAGUUUUGGUACUUAUAAAAGUAGGAACUGGAAAAGAAAUAAUUCAUUGAAAAAUUGUUUACAUUUGUGGCACAAUUGGGGAAGUUUAUUGUAUAAGGUGUCGAUACACCAUGCCUUACUAUCUAAGCUGUCUCAGGUAUCAUCUCCGUACAUCCAAGAAUUAUUUAAACUAUUAACGUCCAAUAAUUUUUGCAAAUAUCUUUUAGACGAUUCAGGUAAUUUCGAGCUAAUAGAAAACACUGAUUAUCAAGCUCUACUAAUGGAGAAAAGAUAUACAAAUAGUCUUAUUAAUGCCCAAUUAUGUCAAUACUUGGCGACUGUACAUAUGUACGACCCAAAUGUAAUAAAGGAAUGGUCACUGAGUUUUGUUGAAUUGUUUAUCAAUCUUAUAGAAAAUCUUAAUAGUGAAGAAGUUUUACAUUUGAUCAACACUUUCACAGAAAAGUUUAAGAUGCACAAAUUUUCAUUGUGUCAGACUUUUGCUGACAAUAUAAUCGGAAAAAUAAAAGAAGAAAGAGUCGUCAUUGAUAUACCAUAUAUUAAUGAACCAAGCAAAUAUUCUAUUGCUUCGCUAGAAGAGAUAGGAAAGUCCUUCUUAAGUUACUCUAUUGCAUCCUUUAAUAUCCAUUAUGGUUUGGACAGUUUUAUUAAUUCUAAAAUAGAUACGAUGGACAUGAUGAAAGAAGUAGCUGAAACGAAAAGUAUAAAAGCACUUCUCUAUGGUAAAUCAAUUUAUCAAUAUAUUGGACUUUUAGUUGACCAGAAAGGUAACACUGAAGCACAAAGGGUUAUAUAUAACUUUCUUGAGCAAAUUUUGAAUACCAAAGCAAAGCCAUUAAAUUUGUCUAAGAUACCAACUCUUAAGUUGAAAAUCAAUGAAAAAGUAAAUGGUGGUUCAGAUUUUUCUGUAUGGAAAAAUGCUAUUCAAUUUCCAAAGAUACAUAAUGAUGCCUUGCAUAAACUAUUACUAGUGAAUUUUUAUGUAUCUAGAACUUUUUUUCAACUAACCAGAAGUCAUGGUGGAAACAUCCAUGAAUUGCCUGAUUUAUGUACAAAAUUCAACACUGUAGGUGGAGAAUUUUACAAGUUUCUGGUCGUAAAGCAUGCUUACAACCAACAAUCAUCAAAAGCACUGCUUUUACCUGAAGUAAUCUUAGAAAAAUCCAUAAAAUUGCUUACCGAUAGAAUUUUUAUGUCUAUUGUAUGCUAUAAGUCUGGUAUAUUGUAUGACCCAUUCAAUAAUGCAGAAUAUUUGAAACUUACGAAGAAGGUAAUGAAGAACAACUUCUUUUUUCUUCGUUUCAGCAGUCAAUCUUUUAGACAGUAUAUGGGAUCAUUAUGCUAUCACGAUAUUGAUUCAGCCGAUGACUGGGUUGGCAAUAUUGUAAAUACAUUGCUAGACGAAUUGUGUGAUGCGUCCACUCUUGAAAGGCAACAUCAACUAUUAAACGAAUUAGAAUCAGAAAUGCAAAAAUACUAUUUACAAAAACGCAUAUAA